CACAGCUUCGGACCAUAUCAACACUCGUCAACACAAGCGACCGGACCAUGCGCCGCGACUCAUGAUGGCUCUUGAUCCACAUGACGGCUUCAUGGCUGCCGAGGACAUCGAGCUGGAGAGCGGCGUCGGCCCGAUCUUCAAAGUCGCGCCCGUCGAGCUCGAGUUCCCCAUCGCGGCCGACUUUGUAGCCGCCCAGGUUGCCAACGAUGUGCUGAUCCUGGCGCUCUCCAACGGGAGGAUUCUCCGCUUUGAUCUCAAUAGACCACAGGAUAUCGAUGAUAUCGACUUGCCCAAGAAACCGUCAGAGAUUGGCGUGAUCCAACGCAUGUUUCUAGACCCGACAGCAUCGCAUUUGCUGAUAUGCACCUCUAUUGGCGAAAACUAUUAUCUACACUCACAGUCGAAAAGCCCUCGUCCGCUGGGCCGCCUACGCGGCGUGUCUAUUGAAAGCGUGGCCUGGAACCCCGCGCUGCCAACUGCAUCUACAAGGGAGAUUCUGAUCGGAGCGUCCGAUGGCAACAUCUACGAAACCUUUAUAGAAAUGUCCAACGAGUUUUACAAAAAGGAAGUCAAACACCUGAAGAACCUGCAUAAGCUUCCGGAUGGACCAGUGACUGGCCUCUGGGUAGACAGCCUUCAGGGCAAGUCGGAUCUUCGCAGAGUCAUGAUUGCUACGCAGAGCAGGCUGUUCCAUCUUGCGGGGAAAAUUGGCCAUGCCAAUGAUGGCAGUGGCUCCGUAUAUACAAGACUGUUUGAGGCUGAGCAACCUGUGAUUCACGAAAUCUCGAGAGCCUCGACAGGGCCAGACUCAUGCUUGGUCGUCUCUCCAGAUGCCCCUGAAUCGCCAAACUACGAUAUCCAAGAACCAGAACGGGCCUUUGCAUGGCUCUCCUCCCAGGGUGUAUACCAUGGCAAGCUAAUCUGCUCACCGACAGACCAGACUCUGGGAACCAAGGUGUUUGCGGAGUCUAAAAUGAUUUCAAAGUCGCAUGUCAUCAACUCGGAAGCCCUGACGAAGCGUAUCACGGCGUCGGAACCUAUUUCAGACAUUGCUCUUACGCAAUGGCAUAUUAUAUAUCUUAUCGGUGGCCGUAUUGUGACCGUGAACCGACUCACGGGCCAGAUUAUAUCGGAGCACGAUGUGUUGGGACUGAACCAGAAGCCUAUUGGGCUGGCCGCAGAUUUACAAAAAAACACAUUUUGGCUUUGCACGUCACAGGAAAUUUACGAAAUCGAAGUCAAGGACGAGAGCCGAGACAUUUGGAAGAUUAUGAUGGGUUCGCAGCAGUUUGAUGUUGCGAUGCAGCAUGCUCGUACGCAAGAGCAGCGCGAAACCGUGGCAGCGUCAUAUGCCGACUACCUGGCAAAGAAGGGCAGCUGGAUGGAAGCAGCAUCGCUUUACAGCCGCAGCAACCGACCGUUUGAAGACGUUGCACUGAGGUUGAUUGACGAGAACCAACCAGACGCACUGCGAGAGUUUUUGCUGUCAAAGCUAGCCGUGAUGACAAAAUCGUCGGUGAUGCAGCGCAUCAUGAUUGCCAGCUGGCUUGUUGAGACGUUUAUGGCCAAGCUAAACUCACUAGAGGAUACCAUUGUGACACAAGCCGAUCUGUCCGACAGCCUCAACACUACCGAGUCUAAGCGGCUACUGGGCAACACGCGCAAAGAGUACCAAGAGUUCGUCAAGACAUACAAGAACGACCUGGACAAGAAGACGGUGUACGCUGUCAUUUCGAGCCACGGACGAGAGGAAGAGCUCCUAUUCUACGCCAACACUAUUCAGGACUACGAGUACGUACUGUCGUACUGGGUUCAGCGUGAGAAGUGGAGCGAGGUGCUCAAUGUCUUGAAGAAGCAAAACGACCCGGACACGUUUUACCGAUACAGUACUGUGCUGUUGACCAAUACGCCGCUGGAAGCUGUUGAGAUUCUCAUGCGGCAUGCGGACCUGAAGCCUCGCAACUUGAUUCCUGCGCUGCUAGAGUAUAACCGCAAGGUGGCAGGCGAACCGAUUGCACAAAACCAGGCGAUUCGAUAUCUCAACUAUGUUGUCCACCAGCUCAACUCCAAAGACACGGCCAUUCACAACACACUUAUAUCCAUGUACGCGUCACACCCGUCCAAAGAUGAGGCCGGGCUACUGUCGUACCUGCAGGGCCAAGGCGAUGAGCCGCGGUACGACCCUGACUUUGCGUUACGCCAGUGCAUCCAGCACCACCGAACACUAUCAUGUGUACACAUCUACACCAGCAUGGGCCAGUACCUGCAGGCGGUGGACCUGGCGCUGUCGCACAAUGAAGUCGAGCUGGCUGCGGUGAUUGCAGACCGACCCAUGUCUAACCCGUCACUACGGAAGAGGCUGUGGCUAGCAGUUGCGCGCAAGGUGAUUUCACAAUCGAGCGGGAUCAAGGAAGCGAUUGAGUUUCUGAAGCGGUGCGAGCUGCUGCGCAUUGAAGACCUUAUCCCGUUCUUCCCGGACUUUGUAGUGAUUGACGACUUCCGAGAGGAGAUUUGCGACGCGCUGGAGGAGUACAGCCGCAGCAUUGACAGUCUGAAGAAGGAAAUGGACGAGUCGUCGCUGACGGCGUCCAACAUCAAGCUGGACAUUGCGGCCCUGGACCAACGCUACGCGAUUGUCGAGCCCGGAGAGAAGUGCUACGUGUGCGUGCUGCCACUGCUGAGCCGACAGUUCUUUGUGUUUCCGUGCCAGCACGCCUUCCACUCGGACUGCAUGGGCCGCAAGGUGUUGGAACAGGCGGGCGUGGGAAAGUCGAGCCGGAUCCGGGAGCUGCAGGUGCAGAUUCACAAGGGCAUGGUGACCGGCGCGAAGCGGGAGGCUGUGGUGGCGGAGUUGGACUCGCUUGUGGCAUCGGCGUGUAUCCUGUGCAGCGACUUUGCGAUUAAGCGAAUCGACGAGCCGUUUGUGGAGGAGGGCGAGGCUGACGAGUGGGCGCUGUAGAGGGACAGCUGCCUAGGUAUGUAGCAUAGGAGAUUAAAGCAGAUGUAUAAUUUUUUAUUUUCCAAAGUGUCUUCUUUCUCAA